UAAAGAUGGCGGAAGAGGAGAAUCCGUUGCUUCCUCGCAAUCAUUCCGUAAUAAAACGUCAGAACUACCCUUACAGUGACGGUGCCGGGGUGAAAGCCGUGUCUCAUAAAAUGAGCGGAGAUGAGGAGGAGAAGUUGCUGGAUGAGGAGGAGAAGUUGCUGGAUGAGGUGGAGAAGUUGCUGGUAACUGUUCCAGUGCAGAUUGUGGUGGCUGAUGAAGAUGAGCAUGAGUUCUCUUUGGAUGAGCAGGCCCUGGAGCGCCUCCUCCUUCAGGAGCAUGUACGUGACCUGAACGUGGUGGUGGUAUCAGUAGCUGGGGCCUUUCGCAAGGGCAAGUCCUUCCUUUUGGACUUCAUGCUGCGGUACAUGUAUAACCAGGAAUCGUCUCCGUGGGUCGGCGGAGAUGACGAGCCUCUUACGGGCUUCUCCUGGAGGGGGGGCUGUGAGAGGGAGACCACAGGGAUCCUGGCAUGGAGUGAAGUGUUUGUAGUAAAGAAACCAGACGGGAACAAGGUGGCUGUGCUUCUCUUAGACACACAGGGAGCCUUCGACAGCCAGUCCACCAUUAAAGACUGCGCCACACUCUUCGCCCUCAGCACCAUGACCAGCUCAGUACAGGUUUACAAUUUAUCUCAAAAUGUGCAAGAGGAUGAUCUACAACAUUUGCAACUUUUUACUGAGUAUGGUAGACUUGCUAUGGAGGAAAUUUAUCUAAAACCAUUCCAGUCACUGAUGUUCCUUAUAAGAGACUGGAGUUACCCCUAUGAACAUGCGUAUGGUCUGGAAGGAGGAAACAAGUUUCUGGAGAAGCGAUUACAGGUAAAGCAAAACCAGCACGAGGAGCUUCAGAAUGUCAGGAAGCACGUCCACUCCUGCUUCUCCAACAUAAACUGCUUCCUGCUUCCUCACCCAGGACUCGGAGUGGCCACAAAUCCCCUCUUCGAUGGCAGAUUGAGAGACAUUGAUCCUGAUUUUAAAAAGGAGCUAGUGAACCUUGUCCCGUUGCUGCUGGCUCCAGAGAACUUGGUGGAGAAAGAAAUCGGGGGUUCCAAAGUGACGUGUAGAGAUCUUGUACAGUAUUUUAAAGCCUACAUGAAAAUCUACCAAGGGGAAGAGCUACCUCACCCAAAGUCCAUGUUACAGGCCACGGCUGAAGCCAAUAACCUUGCAGCGGUCGCUGGAGCGAAAGAUGUUUACAUCAAAAGCAUGGAACAGGUGUGUGAAGGAGACAAGCCCUACAUCGCCCCUGCUGAUUUGGAACGCAGCCACGAGGAGUUGAAGCAAGGCUCUAUAAGACAGUUCCGCUCCGUGAAGAAGAUGGGAGGCGAGGAGUUCUGCCGCCGUUACCAGGAGCAGCUGGAGGCUGAGCUGGACGAGGCCUACAGCAACUUCGUCAAGCACAACGACGGAAAGAACAUUUUCUUUGCGGCCCGUACGCCCGCCACGCUCUUCGCCCUCAUGUUUGUCAUGUACGUGGUGUCGAUGGUCACGGGCUUCGUGGGAGUAAACUCUGUGGCCAUGCUCUGUAAUCUAAUCCUGGGCGUGGCUCUGUUGUCUCUGUGCACCUGGGCCUACGUUAAAUACUCAGGGGAGUUUAGAGAGGUGGGCAGCGUCAUCGACCAGGUGGCAGAAACACUCUGGGAACAGGUCUUUUCCAAGCUUUUCGAGACUGCCAAGAACAAAGUGUCAGUGGGCAACUUUUUGCCUGCUCAGCGAAAGAGACUGCCGUCAAACAACAACGUGAAGAAGAAAAACUAGCCGCCACAUUCCAUAAACUGCUUUUUAGGACUUUCUCGGCCCUGACGAGUGGACGGCUCUGACCACGCUGGGUUUAAAAGAACAAAAGAAGAAGACGAAGAAAAAUAGACUGCGGCGUAAACCCGGUUCUCUGCGUUAGUAGAUUGCAAGCUGGCACUUUCAUCAGGAUGUUAAGCUCACUAUUUUAUCAUGCUGUUAGUGUCUUAUGGGAUGUUUCCUAUUCCUUCAUUUCUCCUUUAGUCUAUGCUUUCCAUCUUCAUUAUGCAUUCCUUCUUAUUUCUCAUCCUUUUCUUUCCUCCUCCUUCUGACAUCAUGUCUUUCUUCUCUGAUUUAGAUUUUGAAGCCUCUGGGUAAUUUGUUGACAGAGAAAAAAAGUCAGACUGAAUCUGAUCAUGCAUGUUGAGUCAAAUUUUCAGCAGGCUCACCAAGUUGCAGAAAAGCCGUCGAUGCAGUCGGACCUAACUCUGCACCAAUCAAAGAGCCAAAGUCUUACAUUUCCUAAAGCACUUGAGAUGCUGGCACCGGUGCGUCUGUAUGUCGACCCUGGUCAAGAUGAUUCCUGAACGGGUCCUGUCUGUGUCUCUGAUGCCGUGUGUAAACGGGUUAAGUAACUCGAGGUCUUUAAUUGUUGGGUUGUAAUUUUAAUAAGUGAUAAUGGAACUCGAAUUGAUUUUAAAUUGCACAUCUUCGUGUUUGUCACUGAGUGAAUAAAUACUUUGAAUUACGGCAUUUUCCUCACAAGAUGUUUUCAUGACCUGUCUUAUGUUCCACAGUAUUGUAAAGCUUGUAAGUACAAAUCCUAGAUGGAGGAACGAGCUGUACCGAUGACGGUAGCAGUGUUGCUGAAUGGACUGUAUGUUGCUUCUUUAGGCCUCCCUGAUUACGUGUGCUGUCUCCCCGCUGUACACUGGAACAGCUGCCUUCUGCUUCUUUGAUAGAUCCAUUCAUGAACCGACAGUCGACUUAUGCUAUCCUGUAUAGUUCAGAUUUUUUUAGACUUGUCACUAAUAGGGCAUGUGUAUGAACAAUAAAUGUGUACUUCAAAUUUUGUAAACCUUUUUCGUAUCUGGAUGAGCGUCCAGGCCAGCGAGCGUUUCAUGUGAAGGGAAUGCUUUAGUGUUGUGUAAAUGUCAGAGUAAGGAAUUUUCUUUUCUUUUUAUUUAUGUAUUAUAUGCCUUGAGCAUCACAAUUUCACUUUUGCUGACCAAGCACUGGAAUGUUUAUAAUCUUACACUUUGUUUUCUGUUUUAUUUUAGCAAGAUUUUUCUUUAAUUUAUUUUUCAGAACAAUAUUAAAAUGAACCACAGUAUAUCAGAA